UAUCACUUCCAGUUCGUGCAAGGCCUUCAAUAUCAGAAGCAAACUUCCCCAAAAGAAAUCUUCUCCUUUUUUUUUCUAAAUCCAGUGCUGUUUUUGCUUUUUUUGUUGAUUCUUUGAUAAUGGCGAAAAAUGUAGCUCAGUCACCCCUCGAGAGGACCAGCUAUUCCAUGGCCAAGCAAUGUGCUCAUGAGGGAGUGAUGGCAGGAGCCAAAGCAGCUGUUGUUGCAAGCAUUGCAACAGCCAUCCCAACUAUGGCCAGUGUGAGGAUGUUGCCCUGGGCAAGAGCCAAUCUGAAUCCCACAGCUCAAGCUCUCAUAAUCUCCACAGUGGCAGGAGCAGCAUAUUUCAUAGUGGCUGACAAGACUGUUUUGGCCACAGCAAGGAGGAACUCCUUCAAGCGUGCCUCUAACGUUGACGCAUGAUUUCAUAGCUAACAAUUUAUGUAAAACCCCUUUGUGGGAUCAUCUCAGCGUCUGUGAAGGAGAGAGAGAGAGAGAGAGUUAGCUCACUAUGUAAUCCCAUCGAUUGGUUUUAUAUAAAUAAAGAUGGUCCCUUCCUCUUCUA